AUGGAAACUCUCCCCGACUCUUACAAAGAAACUCCUCUAUAUUUCAACUCCUCAGAUCAACCUUAUUUCAAGGUACUAGGUAUAAAAUGGUCACCUAACUCAGACACUUUCUCUUAUCAGUUGAAUAUCCCAGACACGCCUCCCACUAAACGAGGUAUACUUGGAACAGUUAGCAGAAUAUUUGAUCCAAACGGUUGGUUGACUCCAGUCACUCUUUGGGUAAAAGCGUUGAUACAAGUUUUAUGGGCACUAGGUUUAUCAUGGGAUGCGCCUGUACCUCCGGAUCUAACUGAAAAAUGGUCUAAGUUCCUCCAACAACUCCCUUUCUUAAGUGAACUUAGCUUACCUCGAUAUGUUUCCGUAGCUGAUGCUGUUCAUAUCAGUUUACAUGGAUUUUGUGAUGGGUCUGAAACAGGUUACGGAGCUUGUGUCUACUUGCGAUGUGUAAGUUCUUCCGGAGAAAUCAACGUACAUCUGUUAAUUGCCAAAGCUCGAGUAGCUCCUCUUAAGAAGAUCUCCAUCCCUAGACUAGAAUUGUGUGGUGCCCAUCUUUUGUCCAAACUCCUGAACUAUUGCAACUCUCUACUCUCUCAAGAUUAUCUUGUCAACGAAUUACAUGCUUGGUGUGAUUCAUCUGUAGUCUUGUCAUGGAUAAAAACUGUACCCUACCGCUUAAAAGUUUAUGUUGCAAAUCGAGUCUCAGAAAUUCAAGAACUUACUCCUACUUACAUAUGGAAACAUGUCUCAACUCAUUGUAAUCCAGCUGACAUUGCCAGUAGAGGAACCCUUCCCAUUUCUAUGAAAGACAACAGUUUAUGGUGGAACGGUCCCAAUUGGUUAUCUCUGGAUCAGGAAUCAUGGCCUAUUCCUCGCUUCACCCCUCUCCAAGACGAACAAUUGCCAGAACGUAAGGUCGAACCUUUACCAAUAAUGGUUACAACUAAAAAACCAGACUUAUUCAACAGGUUUUCAUCUUGGUCAACCCUCCAGCGAGUCAUUGCUUACGUUCUACGCUUCAAAAAUAACCUUACAAACCAGGUUAAAGAAUCAGGGUUUUUAAAGCUUGAAGAGCUUGAUAAAGCAACAAUCACUAUCUGUAAAAUGAUUCAGCAAACUGUCUUUUCUGAAGAUAUUUCUAGAUUGAAAGAUGGAAAACCUUGUUCCUCUCGUCUCGCGUCUCUCUCCCCCUUCUUAGACGAAAAUGGAUUGAUUCGUGUUGGAGGCCGCCUUAAGCACUCUCAAGUAUCCUACGCUGCAAAGCAUCCUAUUGUAUUGCCCAAAACUAACCAUGUCACCAAUCUCAUCGUUGAUCAUUACCAUUUGAAACACUUGCAUGCUGGACCUCAGUUUUUACAAGCCGUUUUAUCUCAGAAGUUUUGGAUCCUAUCUGCUCGAAGUAUUAUUCGAAGAAGAGUUUACAAGUGCAUCCGAUGCUUCAAAUGCAAUCCUAAGACAACAACUCAGAAAAUGGGAGAUCUUCCUCCACAACGAGUCCUACCCUCAAGAGUGUUCAACAACUGCGGGACGGACUUUUUAGGCCCAUUCUCAGUUAAACCUUGCAAAUUAAGGAAGUCCUGUCCAAUCAAAGUAUACGUUUGUAUCUUCAUUUGUUUUUCUGUCAAGGCUGUACAUUUAGAGGUUGUUACAGAUCUCAGUUCCGAAGCUUACCUAGCAGCAUUGACGAGAUUUGUCUCUCGACGAGGGUUGUGUAGCAACAUCUACUCGGACUGCGGAACAAAUUAUGUAGGUGCCGCUAAUGAAGUUCAAAAGAUUGUUAAGAAUUUCUUCGUCCAGAAAGAAACUCAAGAAGCUCUUAGUAAGUUUGCAAUGGAAAACAACAUUACAUUUCAUUUCUUACCCCCCGCAGCUCCACACCAAGGUGGCCUUUGGGAGAGAACUGUCCGCAGUGUCAAACACCAUCUUCGGAGAGUCAUAGGCGAACAGAUUCUUACUCUUGAAGAGUUCAUCACACUAACAACUCGCAUCGAAGCAAUUCUAAAUUCACGGCCCAUAACCCCACUUUCAUCUGACCCCAGCGAAAUUGAUUGCUUAACUCCUGGUCAUUUUCUGAUUGGAGGACCUCUUUUAUCUCUUCCCGAACCUGACUGGAAAGAUGUCUCAACAAACAGAUUGUCAAGGUGGAAGUUUGUUCAAGCCUUAACCCAAAGUUUUUGGAAAAGAUGGCAAAAAGAAUACCUCUACACGUUGCAACAACGAGGGAAAUGGAGAAGUCCUCAACCUAACAUAAAAAUUGGAGAUCUUGUCCUAUUGCAUGAACCAAAUCAACCUCCCCUUUCAUGGCGAAUGGGACGUGUCAUUUCAACUUCCCCAGGGCAAGAUGGUCUUGUACGAGUUGUACAGUUAAAAACUUCAUCAGGAACACUCUCCAGACCUAUAACUAAAGUCUCACCCCUACCAAUCAAUGAUGAAUGA